CCCCGCCGCGGCGGCCGGGGGUCUCGCCGACGACCAUGACGGCGGCCGCCAACUGGGUGGCGAACGGGGCCAGCCUGGAGGACUGCCACUCCAACCUCUUCUCCCUGGCUGAACUCACGGGAAUCAAAUGGCGUAGGUACAAUUUUGGCGGGCACGGGGAGUGCGGCCCCAUCAUUUCGGCCCCAGCCCAGGAUGACCCCAUCCUGUUAAGUUUCAUUCGCUGCUUGCAAGCCAAUCUGCUGUGCGUGUGGCGCCGUGAUGUCAAACCGGAUUGCAAAGAAUUGUGGAUAUUCUGGUGGGGCGACGAGCCAAACCUAGUAGAUGUGAUUCAUCAUGAGCUGCACAUGGUGGAAGAAGGAUUGUGGGAGAACGGGCUUUCCUACGAAUGCAGGACUCUCCUCUUCAAAGCGAUCCACAAUUUACUGGAAAGGUGCCUGAUGGAUAAGAACUUCGUCCGGAUCGGAAAGUGGUUCGUGCGGCCGUACGAGAAGGAUGAGAAGCCGGUCAACAAAAGCGAGCACCUGUCCUGCGCCUUCACCUUCUUCCUGCACGGCGAGAGCAACGUGUGCACCAGCGUGGAGAUCGCCCAGCAUCAGCCCCUCUACCUAGUGAACCAGGACCACCUCCACGUGGCCCAGGCCUCGCCGGCUCCCUUCCCAGUGCUCCUGAGCCCGUACGGCUUAAACGGCAUGCUGACGGGCCAGGCUUACAAGAUGGGCGACCCGGCCACCCGGAAGCUGAUGGAGGACUGGCAGCAUUUCUACCCCACGGUGCUCAAGAAGAAGGAAGAACCCAAGGAGGACCAGGACCUGGGCUACGACGAUGAUUUCCCCGUGGCCGUGGAAGUAAUUGUCGGCGGCGUCCGGAUGGUCUACCCUUCGGCCUUCGUGCUCGUCUCUCAGAACGACAUCCCCGUGGCGCCCGGCGGCCCCGGCGGCCCCGGGCAGCAGGGCCUCGGGAGCGGGAAGGAUCCCGGCUCCUGCGGGAUGCCGCUCACGCCGCCCACCUCUCCGGAGCAGGCCGUCGUGGGUGACGGUGGAGGUGCCCAGAGUACUUUUGGCCACUUCCCCACCCAGGACGGGAUGAUCACUAAGCACAGCCCAAAGAGACUGGGGAAGACCCCUCCCAAGCUCCACAAUCACAUGGUCCAUAGAGUUUGGAAGGAGUGCAUCCUCAAUAGGACACAACCCAAGAGGAGUCAGCUGGCUACUCCAAACCUCGAGGAGGAGUCUUCUCAUAACGCGGCUUCUUGGGAUUUUGCGGAUCCGAUACAGAGAGUCAGCUGUUCUUGUUCCAGGCACAAGCCUUUCAAACAACGCUGCGCCUCCGGGCCGGCCCGACCCCCCACGAUAGCGCAGCCGGGGUUCGCCGGGGGCCCCGCGUCCUCGUUGCCGCCUCCCGCCUCCUCGAAGCACAAAACGGCAGAAAGACCGGAGAAGGGAGACAAAGCGCAGAAGCGGCCGACGAUGCCCUUUCACCACCGGCCCUCGGUGGCCGAAGAGCUGUGCGUGGACCAGGAGCCGGCGGGGCAGAAGCUGACCCUGGCAGCCAUCGAUUCCUCCCCAGAAGUCGCCGACGGCCGGAAAUUCGAGAAGCAGAUGGCCCUGCCGUCCAGAAACCCCGGCAAGCAAAUGAAUCUGAAUCCCAUGGAUUCUCCUCACUCCCCCAUCUCCCCCCUGCCCCCGACCCUCAGCCCCCAGCCGCGGGGCCCGGAGGCGGAGAGCCUGGAGGCCCCCUCCGUCCCGGGGAACCCCGCGCUCUAUGCCAACGGGCUGGACCUCCAGCCCUUCCCCGGCCUGGACGAUCGGACGGUUCUGGUGGGCCCGAGGCUGCCGGUCAUGGCGGAGGUCAGCGAGACCGCCUUGUAUUGCGGUCUCGCGCCCCCGAACCUCGAGGCGUCCAAGAAGUGGCACGGCUACUGGCUCCCUCCGAGCGACGAUCCGGAGUUCAGGCCUCCGGAGCUCCGGGGGGAAGGAUACGAGGACGCUAAGGCCGAGGCCAACGCGGACAACACGGCCCUGAAAAGACUGUUAGCACAGCCUAAUAAACGGUUUAAAAUCUGGGAGAACAAGCAGGCCCAGGUGCCAAUGCUAAACUACCUUGACCCGUUGCCUGUAAUCCAGCCGCCUGGGGAGGGCUUGGGCGAGCUCAGCGACCCUUACACUUUCGAAGACGGUGACAUAAAAUAUAGCUUCACCGUCAACAAGAGAUGCAAACUUGGAGCGGAGAAAGAUCCUCUGAAAAAGAACAAGUCGGAGGACGGAUUUGGUACCAAGGAGUUCCCCGCCCCAGGUCAUUCCAACCCAGUGGCUGACGGGAAAGAUGCCAUGUCAAUUUUCAGUCCUGCUCCUAAAACAGAUGCCCGGCAGGACAGCGCAGCCGGCAGAGCGGGCACGGGGAGCCUCACCCAGGUGACGGACCUGGCCCCUUCCAUCAAUGACCUGGACAACAUCUUCGACAAUUCAGAUGACGACGAGCUCGGGGCCGUCUCGCCAGCUCUGCGGUCAUCCAAAAUCCCUCCGGCGGGGACCGAAGCCCGACCCCCGGGGAAGGAAGGGCGAACAGCUAUGCCUUGCCCACCAACAGUGGCAGAUCUGCAGAGGAUGUUCCCAACUCCUCCAUCUUUGGAACAGCACCCCGCCUUCUCCCCCGUGAUGAAUUAUAAAGAUGGAAUUAGCUCGGAGGUGGCGCCGGCAUUAGGCGUGAUGGAGAGCCCCGUGGUCACCAUGGUUACCACCCAGCUCACCGACUUCAAAAUGGAAGUGGAAGACGGGAUGGGCAGCCCCAAGCCGGAGGAGAUGAAGGACUUCUCAUACGUACACAGAGCCACGACAUUCCAACCUCUGGUGAGCUCCUCAAUGUUUGCCCCGCUGAAGAUGCUCCCGAGCCAGUGCCUGCUGCCCCUGAAGAUCCCGGAGGCCUGCCUCUUCCGGCCUUCGUGGGCCAUCCCGCCGAAAAUCGAGCAGCUGCCCCUGCCGCCCACGGCCCCCUUCAUCAGAGACGGCUACAACAACGUGCCCAGCGUGGGCAGCCUGGCGGACCCAGACUACCUGCAGAUGAACACGCCCAUCGCCCUCAACGGCGCCGCCAGCAACAGCGGGGCGGGCGUCCUGCCCUCGCCGGCCACGCCCCGCUUCUCCGUCCCCACCCCCCGCACGCCCCGCACCCCGCGGACCCCCCGGGGGGCGGGGGCGUCCAGCGGCCAGGGCUCGGUGAAGUACGACGGGCCGGACCAGGGCUCCCCGGCUUCGACUCCGUCCACGUCGCGGCCCCUGAGCUCGGUGGAGCCGGCCACGGGCCGGCCCAUCCCCGAGGCCCACAGCCUCUACGUCACCCUGCUCCUGUCCGACUCGACGCUCAACAUCUUCAAGGACCGCAACUUCGACAGCUGCUGCGUCUGCGCCUGCAACAUGAACGUCAAGGGGGCCGACGUGGGCCUCUACAUCCCCGACUCCUCCCACGAGGACCAGUACCGCUGCACCUGUGGCUUCAGCGCCAUCAUGAACCGCCAGCUGGGCUACGACUCGGGCCUCUUCCUCGAGGACGAGCUGGACAUCUUCGGGAGGACGUCCGACACCGGCCGGGCGGCCGAGCGCCGGCUGACCCUCUGCCGGACUGCCCCGCCCCCCCGGGAUCCCCCGACCAGCCUCCUGCUCCUGCUGCAGACCCAGCACGCGCAGCCCUUCUCCGCCCUGACCUGCCCGGACCCCGCCCCGACCUCCUUCUCGCCCUCCCGUGCCGCCGCCCCCUCCUGCCCGUCGUCCUCAUCCUCGUCGUCCUCGGCCUCGUCGUCCUCAUCGGCCGCCGGCGGCCCCCCACCCCUCCACAUGCCCCCCGGCGGGGCCUGGACCUACGAUAGGGUGCGGGCGGACGACAACGACUCGUGGAUGGAGUGUUUCAACGCCCUGGAGCAGGGCCGCCAGUACGUGGACAACCCCACCGGCGGCAAGGUGGACGAGGCCCUGGUCCGGGCCGCCACCGUGCACUCCUGGCCCCACAACAACGUGCUGGACAUCAGCGUCCUCUCCUCCCAAGACGUGGUGCGUAUGUUGCUGUCUUUGCAACCCUUUCUCCAGGACGCGAUCCAAAAAAAGCGGACGGGUCGGACGUGGGAGAAUAUCCAGCACGUGCAGGGUCCCCUCACAUGGCAGCAGUUCCAUAAGAUGGCGGGGCGAGGCACCUACGGUUCCGAGGAGUCUCCCGAGCCCCUGCCCAUCCCCACCCUGCUGGUCGGCUACGACAAAGACUUCCUGACCAUCUCGCCGUUCUCGCUGCCGUUUUGGGAGAGGCUACUGAUGGACCCGUACGGGGGCCACCGGGAUGUUGCCUAUAUCGUGGUUUGCCCGGAAAAUGAGGCCUUGCUCGAAGGAGCCAAAACUUUCUUCAGGGACUUGAGUGCUGUCUAUGAGAUGUGUCGACUGGGCCAGCACAAACCCAUCUGCAAAGUGCUGCAGGACGGGAUCAUGCGCGUCGGGGAGACGGAGUCCCAGAAGCUGACCGACGAACUCGUGAGCGAGUGGUUCUGCCAGUCUUGGGGCAGCGAGGAGAGCGACAAUCAUUCCAGACUCAAACUUUACGCGCAAGUCUGCCGCCAUCACCUAGCACCUUAUUUGGCCACCCUGCAACUGGACAGCAGCCUGCUGGUGCCACCCAAGUACCAGGCCGCGGCGGCCCCGGUGACCCCAGCGCCUCCCCACCCGGGCUGUGCCCCGCCGGCCCCCGCCCCGGGGGUCCCGCCCUUGGCCAGCUCCUUCCACGCCGGCGCCAGCGGAGGCGGAGGGGCCGCCAACCCGGCCUCCUCCGCUCCUCCGGCCUCCUCUUCCUCCGUGCCGGCUGCCAACCCCUCGGCCCCCACCUCCUCCUCCUCGGGCUUCGGCGGCGGCGGCCCGGGGGGCGGCGCAGCGGAAAGGACCCAGGGAAACGGCGGGGAGCCCGAAUCGGGGCCUGGCUCCGCCCAGCAGCUGCAGCAGCAGGAAAGCCAAGAGAGCGUUCCCGAGAGGGACAAGAUCGGGAUCCCCACGGAGCCGGAGUCGGCAGACAGCCAGGCCUACCCCCCGGCCGUGGUCAUCUACAUGGUGGACCCCUUCACCUACACGGCCGAGGACGGCUCCGCCUCGGCCAACUUCUGGCUCUUGAGUCUGAUGCGCUGCUACACGGAGAUGCUCAACAACUUGCCCGAGAACAUGCGCAGCUCCUUCAUCCUCCAGAUCGUGCCUUGCCAGUACAUGCUGCAGGCGAUGAAGGGCGAGCAGGUUUUCUACAUCCAGCACUUGAAGUCCAUGGCGUUUUCGGUGUACUGCCAAUGCCGACGGCCCCUGCCCACGCAGAUUCACAUAAAGUCCCUCACGGGCUUCGGGCCGGCCGCCAGCGUCGAGAUGACCCUCAAGAACCCUGAGCGGCCCAGUCCGAUCCAGCUGUACUCGCCCCCCUUCAUCCUGGCCCCCAUCAAGGACAAACAGACGGAGCUGGGAGAGACGUUUGGAGAGGCCAGCCAGAAGUACAACGUGCUCUUCGUCGGCUACUGCCUGUCCCAUGACCAGCGCUGGCUGCUCGCCUCCUGCACCGACCUCCACGGCGAACUCCUGGAGACUUGCAUUGUAAAUAUUGAUCUGCCGAACAGAUCCCGGAGAAGUAAAGUGUCCGCCCGCAAGAACGGGCUGCAGAAGCUGUGGGAAUGGUGCACCGGGAUUGUGCAGAUGACAUCCUUGCCCUGGAGGGUUGUCAUUGGGCGUCUCGGCAGGCUGGGCCACGGAGAGCUGAAAGAUUGGAGCACCCUCCUCGGAGAAUGCUCCCUGCAGACAAUCAGCAAACAGCUGAAGGAAGCGUGCCGGAUGUGCGGCGUCUCCUCGGCAGACUCCCCCUCCAUCCUCAGCGCCUGUCUGGUUGCCAUGGAGCCUCAGGGGUCCUUCGUCGUCAUGCCAGAUGCUGUGACCAUGGGCUCCGUGUUUGGCCGCAGCACCGCUCUGAAUCUGCAGUCCUCCCAGCUCAACACCCCUCAAGACGCCUCCUGCACCCACAUCCUGGUGUUCCCCACCUCCUCCACCAUCCAGGUGGCACCUGCCAACUACCCCAACGAGGACGGGUUCAGCCCCAACAACGACGACAUGUUCGACCUCCCCUUCCCGGACGACAUGGACAACGACAUUGGAAUUUUAAUCACGGGGAACCUCCACUCGUCGCCCAACUCCUCCCCGGCCCCAUCCCCUGGCUCCCCGGGGAUCGGCAUGGGCCCUCACUUCCAGCACAGUCGGAGUCAAGGAGAACGCCUGCUUUCUAGAGAAGCCCCCGAAGAACUGAAGCAGCAGCCUCUCGCCCUGGGGUAUUUCGUGUCGACCGCCAAAGCCGAGAAUCUCCCUCAGUGGUUCUGGUCAGCCUGCCCACAGGCCCAGAAUCAGUGUCCCCUGUUCCUGAAGGCUUCCCUGCAUCACCACAUCUCCGUGGCCCAGACGGAUGAUCUUCUGCCGGCCCGGAAUUCCCAGCGGGUUCCGCACCCUCUAGACUCCAAAACCACCUCUGACGUCCUGAGGUUUGUGUUGGAGCAGUACAAUGCACUGUCGUGGCUCACCUGUAACCCUGCCACUCAGGAUCGCUCCUCUUGCCUUCCCGUCCACUUCGUGGUGCUCACCCAGCUAUAUAACGCCAUCAUGAAUAUACUCUAGUCGUCGGAAAAGCACUUGUCCUCUCCGGGUCGGUCCCCUCCCCAGGUGACACCCCUCUCUCCCACCACCACGUCACCCCCUUCCCCGCUGAUCCAAGAAGCGCGUCGACUGCAAUCGCCGCCUCUUCCUUCGCUUCCGGUCGGCCUCCCCUUCGCCGCGGGCUGUGCUUCCGCUGCUCAGUGAGCACUUGCCUGCUCUCCUUCAGUGUUCCUUCUGCCCCACCACCCCCGGAGUGACAAAUGGACAGUCGGUCUUCAAGACAUGGGCCCAUCUCCAGCGGUCAGUGUACCUGCAGGACAGAAAAGGAAAACGGACCCAGAGGAGACGGUGUCCAUCGGCCCUGGGGACGACCACGCGUCGCCCCUUGGGCUCAAGCUCUCCGGUGGUCAGGGAGGGCGGCCGGCAGGUGACCCCUACCCCCACCCUCCUCCCGGCGGAUGGGCCCGAAGGCAACGUGGGAUUUCCUUCCCGUCAGCGGUGAUGUGAACAGCCUGGGGGUAUUUUUCAUUCUGUCUAUUUAUUUUAGGUUGUCUUGUUGUGGUCUUUCCGUCACCGUGGUUGUUGUUGUGGAAUUAGCGAGGACCGGGUACAGCAGGUGAAACCCAAAUCCGAUCCGCCCCGGGAUGAUUCAUCUGUCGACCUGUCCGUCCUCUCCCCCGCGAGAGAGCGGAAAGGGGGUGGGAGCCAGCGAGGCGACCAGCCCGGAGUCAGGGGUCACGGUUGGCAGGUGUCCACGCGGCAGCGUCCAACAACUCGGGGCUUGGGAAUCCCGCCGUUUCCCCGGUGUCCGCAAGUGGCCUGUGUUGAAUGAAGGAAAAACACUGGACAGCAGAGAGGACCACUCUAGCCCCAGGGCCGAACUGGGCCGAUGGGUACGUUAACAACCGUAGAGUUUACCACUGAGCUAUAUUUUUCACCCCCGCGCCACCGAAGUCCAAUAACGAUGCUGGAAAACAAGGAUUGAAAAGAUGGAAGCAGAUGACUUCAUCCGCGUGGCGAAAGAAAGAGCUUGCCCUCGCGGGAGGGAGAAAGAAAACAAAACGGUGGCGAAUAUGGUGUCUCUUUUCUGGACUAUAGGAAUAUUAUUUCAAAGAAAUAAUCAAAGUUAACGAGGAAAGGAUCUGCGGGCUCGGAGGCCCUGGAGCCAAGCUGGAAGUCGGCGCGGCCUCUCGGCGACGGCGAAUCGGUUCGAUCGUCUCCGUCGAACGCGGGGUUGGCACCGGGCAUCCAGACCCUGAGGAACGGUGGGUCAUCGGGCAGAGCGGCCUUCCCCCGCCCCCCUAGAUAUCCCGCCCAGACCCAGUCGCCGGCCGAGAGAAUCAUGCAAAUUUUAAAACGUUCUUCCAAAAGACUUCAGUGUUCUGGUUAAUGAAAAAAACAACAACAACAAAAAAAGAACCAACAAAAAAAAAAAAACCCAACGUAAAGGAAAAAUGUAAUAAUUGCUAUGAUUUUUUUUAAAGUAUUUUUCUUGAGAUAAUCUAACGUUGAAAAGCAAAUUAUAUUAAGAAAAAGGAGUCUGCUGGACGGUGGGGAUGGCAGAGCAAAACCUGUAUCUGAGUUUCUCCCGGUUCUCUGCACUCACCCAGCAGGGAGACAAUGCGGAGAGCAUCUUGUCCCUCUCUGGGCGGUUUAUAGGUUCCCACGUAUACGCUCAAUCAAACCAUUUGUAUCUAACGUGUACAGUGUAAAAUUGACUUGAAAAAUAUCGCAGUGCUAUUUUUUCUUAAUCAGAAAGGAGAAUUCUCAAGGCCUUUUGAAGAGCAUAAGAUGAUGAAGAUUGUAAACUUGUAUAAAAAAAAUUAACACGGUGAGCAAACAAAUUGUAAAGUUAGACAUUUGUAAUCUUUACCACUUGGGGGUUGUUUUUUUCCCGGAAUUCAUCAGAACUUUGGAUUUUUUUUCUAUUGGGCUGUUUUUACACAGGGGCUUUUUCUUCCCUAGAAACCCAGUUCUAAGCAAAAAAGGGAAAAACAAACAAAAAAAAAACACCCCACAAAAAUUGCAAAAAAAAAAAAGAAUGGCAGCAAAGGGUAGUUUUCAUCUGGUGUCGUUUUUAUUUAAGUCUUUUUUUUAAGUUAAAAGCUGGUGACAUAUUUAUACGUUUUGUGCAAAAUAAAUGAAUGGCAAUAGAUUUUAAAAAAUCUUAUUAUGUACUUCUGUGUGAAAAAGUCUGUAUAAUAUUUCCCUUAAAUAUGCAUUAUUUUACUUGUGAGUUUUUUACUGAAUUAAUCUGAAAUGUACAAGCCCCGGAUUUGCUACAGAGGGAAGAAGUUAUUUUAUUUUUUGUUUUUAAUUUCUAAUUUUGGAAAUCACGUAGGGAGCAGAACUAUUAC